AUGGAAGCCCUCACAAAAUCUAUCUACCUAACAAAAAUUCCCAAGUCUCAAACCUACUCUAUUUCUUCAUCAAAAUCACCACUUUCAUUACACUCCAAAACCACUUCAGUAACUUUCAAUUCAUCAACACACCAUUUCCACAAAUGCUUUCUCUUUCAUCAACCUGGUGGUGGUGUUAUAAAUCCCAUAGCAAAAGAAAAGGGGAAACUAGGAGCUAUACAUGCAUCAGAGGCUGCAACCACAGUCACAGAUGCUACUGGAAGAUGGAUUCUUGAACCAAUUGGAGAUGGUGAUACAAGGCAUAUAGGUUACAAGGUUGCGAUGCCAGGUGCAUAUGAAAUUACUUCUAAUGAAGUCACUGUAGGUCGUGUUCCAGAGAAAGCUGAUCUAGUGAUUCAAGUUGCAACAGUGUCGGGUGCGCAUGCACGCAUUCGGAAAAAAGAAGACAAUCUUCUAGUUAUGGAUUUGGAUAGCACGAAUGGGACAUACGUUAAUGAGAAACGGCUGAAACCUGGAGUAGUUACCUCUGUAUCUCCUGGGAGUUUUAUUACUUUUGGGGAUACCAAUUUGGCUAUGUUCCGUGUGUCAAAGAUAAAAGAUGAGAAAGCUGCAGAUACAACUGGAGAAACAGAAGGAGAAACCGAAGGUGAAUCAGACAAUGGUGACAUCUGA